AUGUCCUGGAUACCUCACACUCAAGAAUCUCGAGCGGAUAGAGAGAGUUUGACGACUCACCAGCUGCGAGCGUCGUCUCCAGUCUUUUGCGGUGACAUUGGAGACACCGAAACGACCGCUGACUGUAUAUUCAGUACUACUCCUGCAAAUUCUCCCCAAUCCGGGACCUCGAUUGCCGCGGUAGAGUCACCGAGCCCGACCAUUUCUGUCCAGGUCGAAGGAUUGACUAAGGACAUCGUCGAAGAGGAUUUAAGAGCUGUGUUCCAAGUAUUUGGGAAAGUGAUUUGCGUCAAAAUUUUGCCGGACAGUGACUAUGCCUUGGUGGGAUACACUCAGCGGGUUGAUGCUGAAAAGGCUGUCCAAUGGCUUGACGGUAUUCCGAUCAAGGGCAUUUACGUUCGCGUCCUUCCGUUGAAAACCCUCCAGCAACUUUAA